AUGGCUGCCGUCGUGCGCCGCCUCGGCGCCUCCGCCGUGACCCCGAAGCUGGGUGUGACUCUCCGGGCGAGCAGCUUGCCAAGACACUUCUCCUCGUUGCAGAGCAAGGUGGAUGACUUCUGCAAGCAUGUGGACCUGCACCUUCCAAAGGACGGAAAGAAGGUGGUCUUUGCCACGGCGUGGCUUGCCACUGACAACGUGUUCGUCGCUCUCAUGCGGAAGCAUUUCCCCGAGGUUUUGACUGGGAUGAAUCUCGUUGCCAUUGACACGCUGCAUCUCUUCCCGACUGCUCUGGAGUGUGCCAAGCUGGUUGAGGAGAAGUACGCCAAGAAGGCCAUGUGGAAGAUGCCGAAGGGAAUCACGACGAAGGACGAGUUCAUUGCCAAGUACGGCGACUGUGAAGAGUUGGACUCGGCCGACUUCGACUUUGUGAGCAAGGUGGAGCCUUUCCAGCGCGCUUUGGAGGAGUGUGAGAAGGACAUCUUGAUUACCGGCCGCCGCAUGGAUCAGGCGGCACAGCGCAUCAAGCUGGAUGUCUGGGAGGAUCAGAAGCGCACGCUGAACCCUAUGGCGAACUUCAGCUGGCAGGACAUCAUCGACUAUGUGGACAAGGAGGGUGUGCCAGUGAACGCUGGCCACAACUGGGCCUUCCGCUGCGACGCGCCGAUCGAGGCGACCAGCCGCCAUCUCCCGGACCUUCCAUGGACCAAGGUGGACCUGGGAAAGCCCUUCUGGCGAUGCACGGACGCUGAGAUCAAGGGAAGCCCUGCGGCCCCCAUCACCUAUGUGUUCAAGUCCUUCGGCGACAUGCACACCACCGUGCCCGUGGAGCCCCAUGAGUCCGAGCGCGCAGGACGUUUCGUGCGCCAGGCGAAGACGGAGUGCGGUAUUCAUACUCGCACCACCUUCGCUGGUGCUCCGCACGGCGGAUCCCUCGUUGACUUGAUGGUCAAGGAUGCGGCAACCAUCCAGAGCCUGACCGCCAGCACCGUCAAAGCCAUUGAGCUGAAUGAACGCCAGGCAUGCGAUGUCUUCUGCCUGCUCAGCGGCGCCUUCAGCCCCCUUUCCGGAUUCAUGGAGGAGACCGCCUACAACUCGGUGGUAAAGGACAUGCGCCUGCCCGAGAAGCAGCUCUUUGGCUUGCCCGUGACCUUCGACCUUCCAGAGGUUGAUGGCAUCAAGCAGGGCGACAAGUUGCUGCUUAAGUGGAAGGGGACGAACGUCGCCGUCCUCGAGGCUUCUUCCAUUUGGAAGCCCAACAAGGUGGUGGAGGCCAAGGAGUGCUACGGCACGAGCAGCCUCGAGCAUCCCACUGUGGCCUCCCUGGUGCAGGAGAUUGGCAAGUAUUACGUCGGCGGCAAGAUCCACGGUUUCGAGCUGCCCAAGUUCGGCUACCCUACGCAGAUUCCGGCUGAGGUCCGGGCGACGCUGCCGGAGAACAAGCAGGUGGUCGCCUUCCAGAACCGCAACCCCAUCCAUCGUGCUCACUUUGAGCUCCUGAUCUGUGCCCAGAAGGAUGUGAAGGACUCGAUCCUGCUUGUCCAUCCCACGUGCGGACCCACCCAGCCGGGCGACAUCGAUGGCCUCGUGCGCAUCCAGACCUAUGAGGCCCUGAAGACGGAGACCGAGAAGGAGUACCCCAUGUUCCGCUGGGCCUACUUGCCAUACAGCAUGAAGAUGGCUGGACCUCGCGAGGCCAUCCAGCACAUGAUCAUCCGGAAGAACUAUGGUGCCACCCACUUCAUCAUCGGGCGUGACAUGGCCGGCACCAAGAGCACCAUUGAUGGUGAGGACUUCUACGGACCCUACGAUGCCCAAGAGACUGGCAAGAAGUACUCCGCCGAGCUCGGUGUGACUGUGACCCACUACGAGAAUAUGGUUUACGUCGGCCCGGAGGAAGGCUACGUCCAGGAGAGCGUGGCCAAGAGCAAGGGCUACAAGGUGGUGAAGCUCUCCGGCACCGAGUUCCGCCGACGCCUCCGGGCUGGCGAGGACAUCCCAGAGCACUUCAACCAGAGCUUCGCAGCCACGCAGUCAAAAGUGCAGAGCAAGGUGGAUGAUUUCUGCAAGCACGUGGACCUUCACCUUCCAAAGGAUGGAAAGAAGGUGGUCUUCGCAACAGCCUGGCUUGCCACUGACAAUGUGUUCGUCGCACUCAUGCGGAAGCACUUCCCUGAGGUUUUGACUGGGAUGAAUCUCGUUGCCAUUGACACGUUGCACCUCUUCCCGACGACUCUCGAGUGUGCCAAGCUGGUUGAGGAGAAGUACGCCAAGAAGGCAAUGUGGAAGAUGCCGAAGGGGAUCACGACAAAGGACGAGUUCAUUGCCAAGUACGGCGACUGCGAGGAGCUGGACUCUGCCGAUUUCGACUUCGUGAGCAAGGUGGAGCCUUUCCAGCGUGCUUUGGAGGAGUGUGAGAAGGACAUCUUGAUUACCGGCCGCCGCAUGGACCAGGCGGCACAGCGCAUCAAGCUGGAUGUCUGGGAGGAUCAGAAGCGCACUCUGAAUCCCAUGGCGAACUUCAGCUGGCAGGACAUCAUCGACUACGUAGACAAGGAGGGUGUGCCAGUGAACGCUGGCCAUAACUGGGCCUUCCGCUGCGACGCGCCUAUCGAGGCGACCAGCCGCCAUCUCCCUGACCUUCCGUGGACCAAGGUUGACCUUGGAAAGCCUUUCUGGCGAUGCACGGACGCGGAGAUCAAGGGAAGCCCAGCCGCCCCGAUCACCUACGUUUUCAAGUCCUUCGGUGACAUGCACACCACCGUGCCCGUCGAACCCCACGAGUCCGAGCGAGCCGGACGCUUCGUGCGCCAGGCAAAGACAGAGUGUGGCAUCCACACGCGCACCACCUUCGCUGGGGCCCCUCACGGCGGAUCUCUCGUUGACUUGAUGGUCAAGGAUCCAGCGACCAUCCAGAGCCUCACCGCCAGCACCGUGAAAGCCAUCGAGCUGAACGAGCGCCAGGCGUGCGACGUCUUCUGCCUGCUCAGCGGCGCCUUCAGCCCCCUCACAGGCUUCAUGGAGGAGACUGCCUACAACUCGGUGGUCAAGGACAUGCGCCUGCCCGAGAAGCAGCUCUUUGGCUUGCCUGUGACCUUGGACCUUCCAGAGGUUCAACAAGGCUCUGCAAUCGAAGCCUCCCGAAGCAUCAAGAAGGUUGACGGCAUCAACAAGGGCGACAAGCUGCUGCUUAAAUGGAAGGGGACCAACGUCGCCGUCCUCGAGGUGGUGGAGGCCAAGGAGUGCUACGGCACCAGCAGCCUGGAGCAUCCCACCGUGGCCUCCCUGGUGCAGGAGAUCGGCAAGUAUUACGUGGGUGGCAAAAUCCAUGGCUUCGAAUUGCCCCAGUUUGGCUACCCGACGCAGACUCCGGUUGAGGUCCGGGCCACACUGCCCGAGAACAAGCAGGUGGUCGCCUUCCAGAACCGCAACCCCAUCCAUCGUGCUCACUUCGAGCUGCUGGUGUGCGCCCAGAAGGACGUGAAGGACUCCGUCCUUCUUGUCCAUCCUACUUGCGGACCCACUCAGCCGGGUGACAUCGAUGGCCUGGUGCGCAUCCAGACCUACGAAGCCCUGAAGACGGAGACCGAGAAGGAGUACCCGAUGUUCCGAUGGGCCUACCUGCCGUACAGCAUGAAGAUGGCUGGACCUCGUGAGGCAAUCCAGCACAUGAUCAUCCGCAAGAAUUACGGAGCCACUCACUUCAUCAUCGGGCGGGACAUGGCUGGCACGAAGAGCACCAUUGACGGCGAGGAUUUCUAUGGAGCCUAUGACGCCCAAGAGACCGGCAAGAAGUACUCUGCAGAGCUCGGCGUGACGGUGACCCACUACGAGAACAUGGUCUAUGUCGGCCCAGAGGAAGGCUAUGUCCAGGAGAGCGUGGCCAAGAGCAAGGGCUACAAGGUGGUGAAGCUCUCCGGCACCGAGUUCCGACGACGCCUCCGCGCCGGCGAGGACAUCCCGGUGGCUUUCGUUGCCCCUCGAGCGCCGGCCGGCGCCAAGUCUCCGAGAGUGGUGACCAAAGCUGGAGAGGAGAGGAAAGAUUUUUUCGACGACUCCGUGCCAGAGUGGCGCUCGGGUAUUGCUGGCCGCAAGGGGGCAAUUGGCUUCCUCGGCUUCCUGACCUUGGUAAUCGCUUAUCUUUUCACGAAGGAUCCGGAAGUGCGGCAGAUCAAAAUCUGUGUUCGCAGUGGCUGGGAGACCCUGUCCAAGUGGGGCUGUUCCGCAGAGCUUGGGGAGAACGGCUUAGACGUUUGCCUCGCCUGCUGCUCCUGGGCUAUGGCAACCGCCCGAAAGCGCCAGAAGCGACAGCCGUGCAAAACGCUGACCUUCGAGGAACAGCCGGAAGCCGAAUCGAAGCCCCCGGUCCUUCGGCGGAAGAAGGGCAAGCAAGCGGACAGUGGCAGGGCUGAUGUGGCAGAAAAAGACCCUGUGACCCCAGAGGUGCGCAAGCCGCCAGCACCGGAAUCAAUCGAUGCGGAGGCCACCGUGACGCCGCCGCCCUCGAGAAGGUCGCGGAAGAUGCCCACCAGUGACAAGGUUGCGCCCAUUCAGCUGUCUUUCCUCAACAAGAGCACUGAGACUGCCGGUCAGCCACCUGCGCCCAAGCCGAAAGCGAAGAGUGCUUCCAAAGGUAAGAAGCCGGCCACGGAGCUUGCGGCAGGCAAAAGCAACCAGCUCCCAGGCGCAGCAGAGCCCGAGAAGAGCGAGGUGCAGCAGCAAGCAGAAGAAUCCGGCCCCGCACCGGCAAAGCCGACGAUCGCGGAGGCCGCCGAUGCGGAAGCUGCCGCCACGUCGGAGGUGAAAAAGGAUCCGCACAAAAAGCUGCUAGCGGCCUUCGCCCAUGCGACCCCAGGCAUCAAGAAUGGCGAGACGGUCCUACUCGAGGAGCCAGCGGCAGAGGCGGCUAAGCCAGAGACCCCGCCGGACGAUCAGCCGAAGGCAUCCGACAGGCCUGCGAAGAAUGCAUCCAAGAGGAAGAAGAUUCCGAAGGAGGAGACGGCAGCGCUGGAUGCAGGUGGCGAUGGCCAGACGGCGCUGCUCGAAGAGCCGGCAGUAGAGGCAGCGGCCAAGCCAGAAACCAAUGCCGAGGAUCAGCCAAAAGCAUCCGACAGGCCGACGAAAAACGCAUCCAAGAGGAAAAAGACUUCGAAGGAAGAGACAGCAGCGAAGGAUGUGGGCAUGAAAGAUGGUGGCACGGUGCUGCUCGAGCCAGCGCCGGAGGCAGCUCCCAUGAAAGAGAAAGAGGCUCCGGCUGAUGGCCAUCCGAAAGCAUGCGACAGGCCGAUGAAGAAAGCGUCAAAGAGGAAGAAGACUUCGAAGGAGGAGGAAGCAGUGGAGGACGCAGGCGCUUCUGAUGGGAGCAAGAAGCCCGUGGAGGAGGUUCGCCAGAAGGAGAGUGGAGAGGCCGCCAAAUCCGAGUCUUCUGAAACGAGGCCCGCCAAAGACGCGACAGCAAAGAGGAAGAAGGCACCGAAGCAGAAAGCCGGCCCUGAGCGAGGAGCUGGGGAUGCCACAGAACCAGUGGAGGUGGCCGAUGCCGAGGUGGAGAAGUCAGAGGACAAGAGGCCAGCCAAAGUCGUUGGGCCGAAGAGGAAGAAGCUUCAAGAGAAGACGCCACAGGAGUCAGGCUCUUCCCCUGCCAAGGGCAAGACCGCGGAGGCCUGGCGCCGCUUCUUCCGACGUCGUCAGCCGCUCUCAUCCGAAGUGAAGACCAUCGUGGAUGACGAGGAGGUCAUCGACCUUGAGGCCCAGAAGAAGAAGCAAAGGUUUGAUUGGAAAACCGGCUUUGCCAAAGUUCAGUGCCCCCACAAGACCCCCGGCCUCCAAGUCGAGGCUCGGUCAAAGUCUCCAGCGCCGGCAGCGCCCCCCAAGGAGAAGGACCUGGAGAUUAUCGAGCCUUCCAGCGCUGCAGGCCCGAAGAAGGAGGCUCCGAAGCCAGAGAAGGUGCUCGUCGACUGGGCAGAGAAGCAUGCGCCGAUGGCUCAAAAGGACCUCCGGCCAAAGAAGGCCUGGGACCAGCUAAGAGACUGGCUGAAGGAUUGGAGGCCUGGAGGGGCCAACCGGCAGGCAGCUCUGGUUGUGGGACCUUAUGGGUGCGGAAAAACGGCGGGCGUCAGAUGUCUGGUCCGUCGGCUGCGCGGUCACUUCCUUGAGCACGACUUGGAAGAGCCGGCGGGGCGGAACUUCAUCGAGAACAUGUCCAAGAAGCAGAGGGAUGGCCGCCAGCUCUCCGAGGACUUGGUCUUCGUUUGCAACCUGAACGAAGUGCCAUCGGUUGCUGCGAAGGAGUGGCUGGCACAAGCAUUGCAGGUCGCGCGAAGCCCCGUAAUUUUCGUCGCCGGCGAGGGGAUGAUCAACAGCAAGGAUACUCCCCUCUGGAAGCUGUGCUUGGAGAUCCGCAUCAACCUCGCAGAUGUCGUCAUCACCCGCAAGCUCGCCGAAGUGGCGAGGCAAGAGGAUCGGCCCUUAUCCGAAGGCCUCUGCCAGCAGGUGGCAGCGGCAUCUCCCGGAGACCUCCGCCGCGCUCUCCGCAUGGCGCAACUGCUUAGCGCUGUCUCAACGGCGGAUGAUGCCUGCUUUCCUGAGGCGGCUCUAGAGCCAAUCGUUGCAGCUUCGCAGCUGCUGGGAACCUCUCAAGCAGCCGAGGUCAUAUCCCUGAGCAAAUCCCUGGACCUUGUUUCCCUGGACGAGAGCGUUCCACCGCUGUUGCGUUGGAACGCCCUGGAAGCUCUUCAUCACCACUUCCCGCGCCCCGGCACGCGGGCUCCGCUGGCUCCGGCGACUGGCGGCGCAGAGGAGAGCCAGAAAGAGGCCAACCAGGACCUCGAGACGCCCAAGGACGCUGCCGAAGAGGCUGAGGCAGAGCUUGAGGCUUUGCACGCCUGCGCGAGGAUCGCGGCACUGGUGGCGCAGAGUGAUGCUGCUGCUGGUUGGGCAGAAGCAGCUGAAGAGAAGGCGGGUACGAUGCCGUCUGAGGCAACAGGAAGUCCGGCUUCGGCAGAGCCCCUUCUGCUAGCUUGCUUGUCUAGCGAGGCCAGAAGAUAUGUGAGCCGCGAGGCCCGCAAGGUGCCUCUCCAAUUGAAGGCGGCCCUGCCCGAUCCAGUUUGUCCCAUCCCGGCCGAUCAGAUCUCGAUGCUGGCACUUCAACUGAUGGUGCCCAAGGCUUGGCUCGAACAGCGUGUUUUCGAUUGGAUCAUCGCCACGCGCGGCAGUGCCCAGACACGCAAUGUCAAGAACUUCCGGACUUGGGCCAAGAGACAGGCAGAUCGCUACGCAGCCCGACAGGGAUGGAGGGACAUGCUGCAGCCAGCAGAAUCCAUGGAGACCAUGGCCAAAGCUGCUGAGGUGGACGUGUCAGAUCCCAUCCUUUUGAAGCCGGAAGGAGACAUGGAAGCGCAGACACCGCCAGAGGAUCAGGUGGAUGGAGCAGGAGCCACAGAAGUGCAGACUUCACCGAAGUCUCAAACAGAGCCGGUGGACGACACAGGCGCCAUGGAAGUGGAGACGCCAGUGGAGCCUCACACAGCGCCAGUGGGCGAAACAGGAGCCACAGAAGUGCAGACCUCACCGAAGUCUCAAACAGAGCCGGUGGACGACGCAGGCGCCAUGGAAGUGGAAACGCCAGUGGAACCUCACACAGAGCCAGUGGGCGACGCAGGCAGCCCGCAGUCUCCAGCAGCCACGGAAGUGCAGACCUCACCGAAGUCUAACGCUGAGCCGGCGGAUGAUGCAGGCGCCAUGGAAGUGGAGAUGCCGCCGGAAUCUCACACAGAGCACAUGGAGAGCGCAGGAGCCACGGCAGUGCAGACAGCGCCAGAGUCUUGCACAGAGCAGGUGCAGGGCGCAGAUGCUGCCGAAGAAAAUGCGAAGGCAGACGUCUGA